AUGCGGAGGUGUGCCGUGCUGAUUAGAGCCAAUGCGAAAGCGGGUGGCGCUGGCGCAGCGUAUCGUCCUCGCUUUCGCCCGCGCCGGUUGGUGAUGCCGGUGAAUCCCAGCGAUGUGCACAGCGCUGCCCGCUCCACCAACCCACUUUAUGAGAAGCACAAGGAGCAGCAGCGACUGCGGAAGGGGGCGCAGCGCCGCGGGGCUCUCACGUUGUCCACCGUACCCGCCGACAGAAGCGUUGGCGAUGCGUUUCGUCUGAUGCUUGAGGUGUGUGAAAAGGACGGAUUGUUUAAGGAGUCCGUGUCGUUUACCCCAAAAUACCUUCAACGUUUGGAAGAGCUACUCCAGUCAAGAGGCAAUGAGUCCGCGCUAGGCGCUAGUGAGCGGAAGGACACCGAGCACGAGUCCCCGUUGUAUGCGUUGGGCCUUUCUCCUGCACGGGACGCGUUGAUGCCAGGGCGGGAUGAAGGUGAUGAUGACCGCCGUGGGGGAAUUGCGCUGCUUGAUAUUGACUCCAUGUGGCGCAUGCUGGACCGCACACCACUUGACUCUCCCGUACACGGUGCUCUCGCCCUGAGAGGCAAGGCAAUUGUGGAGAGCUGCGUUGCCGGCAUGGCACAGGAGGCGUUUCCGAGGUUGCGCUCAAAACACCUACAGGCUCUCUUACAUGAAUGCUGUGGGCUUCUAGCUUGUGGCCGUGUGGCCCUUCGAUUGGGGUUCGCUGACGUGUGUGGUGUGGGUGGGGAAAUAAGUAUGUGGCGUGAGUUGAAUGUUCUGACUGAGCGGUUUAACAUUGCGAGACGCAAGGCGGCGGCCCAUCUACAGCGGGUUGAAAAGGGUGUGCCGCAGCAAAGACGAUGGUAUUGGCGGGGUGUGCUCCGCGCUGCUGCGGGCCGAUUGAGGGUGUUUCCUGUGCACCAAGAAGACAUUCUUCCACGUAUGGAGUGGAUACGCGGCUCCCUGUUCGCGUUCAUCGCCUUUAUUGAGAUGGCGGAACAGUCAGGUGAUGCGGUGAGGGUGGAGCCGUUAAUCAAAAAGCUCUUCUGCAGCCAGUUGGGGUCAUUUCUGCACGUGAGACAGCUGCAGGACCGUGCACAGCAAAAGGCUGAAGACCUUCUCCGUGAAGCCAAUGCUGAUGCCAGCUCAUGUAUGCUGAGUUGCGAGCAGGUGGAGGAGCGGCGGCUGCUGUCGGCUCAAAUCAGCGAGGAACUGCAGAAAUUGCGACAAAUGACACAAGACGAGUUGGAGAUUUUGGGUGAAGAGAUCCACCCACUGAACUCGCGUGCGGAUGCUCGUCGGGAGCAGUUUGCAUCGAGCGGUGGCGCGCAUGCCACGCAGAGCCUGCGUGACGAUAUCUUCGAUGACUACCAAGUGACGCGGCAUCACAAGAUUGCACCACCGAUGCUGUUGCAUUGCAUACGCCCGCAGAAUGCACUAAAGGAGGCACAAAUUAUUCUACGCUACGACCCCAACGUACCGGCGUCGCUCUCCUCUGCGCCGAUCGACGUGGAUCAGGUUGUGCGACGCGUGACGGAGGUGCACGAGACAAACCCGUACGCUACUCUAUACAAUGCGCAGCAGUACCGGCAGGUGGAGUACACUGUCUGCCGCCUCUACGCGGGUCGGCGCUGCAUUGGCCAGGGCAAAGGGGAGACUGUUAUGGAGGCAAUGAACGAGGCGGCGCAGCACACGCUGUUGAAUUAUUACCUCAAGAAGGGGCCGAGCGUUGUGUGUGGGAAGAAGUCUGUGGCCCCUCAGGAACGGCGGCCUGACGAUGGUGAUCAAAGGGCACAGGAAGUACGCGUGAAUAAAACCCUGGAUGAGGAGAUUUUAUUCUGA